UUACACAGUUUAAUCAAAUCAGGAAUACAAAUUUAGAAAUUCAAAGAAGACAUGAGAGUCGUAUAAAUCGUACUCUACCUCCUUCAUAUGAAGAAGUAACCGCUAUGUUAUACCGUCCUAAUAGGGGAAGAGAAUGA